ACUAGACGGCCCUGCGGUUCCACAUUUACUUCUGGGGAGCUGUCCUGACUACACACAUUAUGAGAUCAGAAAGUAAUGCGUAUGUGUGGUUGUGUCUCCUGUUACUGUUACUGUUAAUGACAGUUGACUGUUAAUGACUGUAAUUGUUUGUGCUAAUCUUCUCAGGGAUCACCCCAGUGUGAUCAGAAGGCGUUUUACCAGUGUGCUUAUUGUCUCCAUCAUCUCACCAUUGGUUGUGUGGGCAUGGACAGAUUGGAUGAAGAUAUUGUCAGGUGUCCCUCUUAUGGCAUUGAUGGGGAUCCGGCUGGAAGGAGUUGUGCCUGCUGGAAUAUUGCCUUUGUUGCUUACUAUGAUGCUGUUUCUUGGGCCCCUGGCCCAGCUGGCAGUGGACAGCCCAAAAGGAAUUCUUGUCGAAAUUAGAUUGAGAUGUAAUCUCCGAUCCUUGGCUCUAUGUGUGAGAGACUUGAAAUGGCUAAGGAACCACGUAGUUGCCCCUGUCACAGAGGAGCUGGUGUUCCGAGCCUGCAUGGUUCCGGUGAUUGUGCCUUGCACUGGGCCCACUGCUGCCAUUUUUAUUUGCCCAUUGUUUUUCGGUGUGGCCCAUUUUCACCAUAUUCGUGAACAGCUGCGCUCCGGAUGUGACUCCUUGGGUGACAUCUUAAUCAUUGCAGUUUUUCAGUUUGCUUACACCUAUGUCUUUGGAAUCUACUCUGCUUUCAUAUUUAUCCGAACAGGUCAUCUUCUGGCUCCAGUGCUGUGUCAUUCCUUCUGCAACUCCAUGGGUUUCCCAGACUUCUGCAGAGCCCUGGAGCACCCCCAGCGCCCUGUCAUCCUGUUUUGCUACCAGCUAGGGGUUUUACUCUUCCUGAUGUGCCUGCUGCCCCUGACUGACCCUUUCUUCUAUGGUAUGACACCCAUCUGCAUCUUAUUUCUUCAUCCCCGUGCGGUCUGCUCCUGACAAACAUGAAUGAAAGCACGUAUGACUGGAGUUCAGAAAAGGAAAUGUGAACUGGUGCACAGCAGCAGAUAUAACAGUCAAUAAGUUACCUGAUGGUUUUGCCAUUGGGUCAUCAAUGAUUCAUGCAUGGGUAAAGUACAAAAACACAUUGUGAUUUUUGCAGCCACAGUUAUGUUGCUCUGGUUCAGCUGUCGUAAACAUUUUACUCUACCCGAGCAGUUCAUUUCAACGGAUGGUCAAAUUAGAAAUAGAUGCAAAUGUAAUUUGUAAUUAUGUAAUCAGGACAAUGAUCAAAUUACUUUUCUACAUAUCGUAAUUUAACAAACUACUACUCAAAUGUACGUAUAAUCCUUUAAUCAGUAAUGCUUUUUUGAAGGGAUGAGUGCACAGCACAUUCUUAAAACCUUACAUAAAUGCUUCACAAUACAUUUAUCAAUGGCUCUUAAAGCAUGAAUCAACACUCAUGCACUAAAUUAUAUAACUAUGGAAUACUAAAUUAGGAAUGUUCUUUUCAAAAUAAAAGUCCCUUUUCACUGUUUUUUCCCCCACACAACUGAUAAUAUUAGCUUUGUAAAAGGUCCCAUCAUUGUUGCAAACUUAGUCAAAAAUCAAGAUGGACUCAAGGGGCACUAACUUUUAAUCCUAUAUUUAAAACAAAAUGUUUUUAAUAUAUUAAUAAAUCCUUCACUGUCCAUAAAGUGACAUGCAAAGCAACAUUCAUAAGCAUGAAUUAUGGAGGGUGUGUCUCAGUAAACACAACCAGAUUUAAGAAAAUAGCUUUAAUAGGCACACAAAGCACAUAGGGUACAAGGACAUAUGUUCUCACUAAUGCCUAAGCUGUCCCAUAAUUUGUCAGAGUAAAUGGUUAAGUGUUACAAAAAACUAUUUGUUCUCAAUUUACUGCAAAGGUAAUUUUCUCAACAUAUGCAUUGCCAUUGCUUGUCACAGCAGUUGACAAAUAAAAUGUGUCCAUUCUGUCUUUAGUCUUCAUGUCUCACGUUGGGUAACUGAAAUUAGGGAGGAAACAAUUGGCUAUAAUUAAUGUUAGUUUGAAAAUAAGCAUGACAUUCUUGUGUUUAUUGUUCCCACAUUUUAAUAAAAAAAAAUAAAAAAAAACUUUAUUUAUAUACCACCUUUCAUGCAAAAGAAUGCAGCUCAAAGUGCAAUUUUUGUACUCUUUCCUUAAAAAUAACAGCUAAAGAAGUGAAGGAGCCAGUUUUAGUUGGAAUACAAAAAACUUGCAAGCUACAUAGAUUGUGUGGACCUGACGGUAUCAACAUUAAAUGGAACCUGAAGAACACUAUAAAAAAUGAGCUAACUUUACUGCUACUAAGGCUAAUAUUAAACAGCACAUUUGCAUGUGACCACAUACAACUCAUGUUCCUAACACAUGUUCCUAAUUAGUUGGUUUUAUCUACCCAGCUAGCUACUAUUUAUAAGCUAGCUAGUAUUUUACAUCUGUUAGUUGGCGUGCACUAAUGCUAUUAGCUCGGAAUUGUCUCUAGGUGCUUUACAGAACCCAGAGCCUGACCUUCCUGGAGCAAGCAAGGCGACUAAGGCAAGGAAAAUCUGCUUUUUAACAGGAAGUAACCUUAAGCAGAACCUCA